GCCCCUGGAGGAGAAGCAAAGGAAAAACGAGUGAAUUGAGCACAAUCAUAGGUCUGGGCUGUCUUGAAAGGACUUACAUCAACUAAUUCAUGCUAUUUACCAAAUCUGACGGGAAUAUUUAUAGGCGGCCGCGCUACACCCAUUCAGGCUGAUCGAGUCCGUCAAGACACAGUCUAUCUAAAUGCUGAAGAAUAAAGCCAGCUAAGAGUUUGCGAUGAGCUACGGAAUGGACGGAUACUACGACCAGCAAGUGCCUUACAUGGUGACUCCUAAACCGCAUGGAGGAAAAUGUAGCGAAAGGACAACAAAUGAAAGGAAAAGGAAACUCAUUGACACUGAUUUAGCUCAAGAUUCAGAAGAACUCUUCCAGGAUUUGAGCCAGCUGCAGGAAACGUGGCUCGCAGAAGCUCAGGUCCCUGACAAUGAUGAACAGUUUGUGCCAGAUUUCCAGUCUGAAAAUUUGGCUUUUCAUGGCCUCUCUCUAAAAAUCAAGAAGGAACCGCAGAGUCCCUGUUCUGAGCUGAGCCCUGCCUGCAGCCAUGAGCAACCUUUCAAGUUCAGCUACGGGGAAAAGUGCCUGUAUAAUGUCAGUGCCUACGACCAGAAGCCGCCUGCUGGAUUGAAACCCUCUAACCCGCCAACCCCAUCCAGCACACCAGUGUCCCCCUUGCACCAUGGGUCACCUAAUCCUGCAGCUACUCCCAAACCGGACAGAAGUUUUCCAGCUCAUCUUCCUGCCACCCAGCCCAUUCCAGAGAACACCUACCCAAUGGAUCCUAGAUUCCGGCGUCAGCUCUCCGAGCCAUGCCAUUCAUUCCCACCUCCUCAUGGACUGCCCAGAGAAGGUCGUCCCAUGUACCAGAGGCAGUUGUCUGAGCCCAACAUCCCCUUUCCCCCUCAGGGGUUCAAACAGGAAUACCAUGAUCCAGUCUACGAACAUGCCACUAUGAUUAGUGGUCCAACGAACCAGAGUUUUCCGCAGCCCAUGAUGAUUAAGCAGGAGCCACGGGAUUAUGCAUAUGAUUCAGGUUGCAUGUAUGAAAAAGGUCCUAGACACUUUUAUGAUGACACCUGUGUAGUUCCUGAAAAGUUUGACAGUGACAUCAAGCAGGAGCCAGGCAUAUACCGGGAAGGACCUACUUACCAGCGCAGAGGCUCCCUCCAGCUCUGGCAGUUCCUAGUGGCUCUACUGGACGAUCCAGCAAACUCGCACUUUAUUGCCUGGACAGGCCGAGGCAUGGAGUUCAAACUCAUUGAGCCAGAGGAGGUGGCACGGCGUUGGGGAAUCCAGAAGAACCGACCUGCUAUGAACUAUGACAAGUUGAGCCGUUCACUGCGCUACUACUAUGAAAAAGGCAUCAUGCAAAAAGUUGCUGGAGAAAGAUAUGUGUACAAAUUUGUCUGUGACCCUGAAGCGCUUUUCUCCAUGGCUUUCCCAGACAACCAGAGGCCUGUACUGAAAACUGACAUGGAGCGUCACAUCAAUGAAGAGGAUACUGUCCCUCUAUCCCAUUUUGAUGAGAACAUGGCGUAUAUACAAGAUAGUGGCUGUUGCAAUCCCCAUCCAUACAAUGAAGCCUAUGUGUACUGACGCAACCUUUUUGGGGCAGUCACUUCAUUUUUCUUUUUUUCUCUGUUGUUUUCCUCUGUAAGCCGUGACCCAGUCUGGAUUUACUUUGUCUCUUCAGCAUCUCUGACGUUAAGGAAUGGGUCCGCAGUUUCUGUCGCAUUAACCCCAUGGUCCAUUACCAGGGACAGUGCACUUUAUGAAAAGACUCGUUAGAGCUCUACUUGUUUUUUUUUCAGG